AUGGCACCUCAAGGAAUCCGCAUCGCCAUCGACCGCGGCGGCACAUUCACAGACGCCUGGGCCGAAGUCCCGGGGCGCAGCGAACACAUCGUCUUCAAAAUUCUCUCCGUAUGUCCAGACGAGUACGACGACGCGCCGACAGAAUGUAUCCGCCAGAUCCUGGAAACCGCAUUAGAAAAAUCAAUACCCAAGGGCUCCCUUCUAGACCUCGAGCCCAUCGAGUCGAUCCGUAUGGGAACCACAGUCGCGACGAAUGCGUUAUUAGAGCGCAAGGGCGAUCGUGUCGCGUUUCUUGCUACGAAGGGGUUUCGCGAUAUUCUGCUUAUUGGGAAUCAGACGAGACCAGAUCUAUUUGAUCUUUCUGUUCGAAGGUUGGAGCAGCUGUAUGAGACAGUCAUCGAAGUUGACGAGCGGAUCACGAUCGAAGGCGCGAGCGAGGCGCCGCAGAACGAAUGGAACACUGUCGAUGUCAACUCAGAUCCUGCACUUGUCAUGGGACAGACCGGCGAGGUCGUGCGGAUUAUGAAGAAGCCGGAUCUCGAUGCUGUUCGUGCUGACCUUGAGAAGCUCAAGGCGCAGGGGUUCGAGAACCUCGCCAUCGGCUUCAUGCACUCGUAUACCUACCCCGAGCACGAGCUGCAGGUGAAGACCCUCGCGGAAGAGAUGGGAUUCAAGGUCUCUGCGUCGUCUGUGCUACAGUCGAUGGCCAAGUACGUGCCGCGGAGUCAAUCGGCUGUUGCGGAUGCAUACCUUACCCCGAUGACUUUUGCAUAUCUUGACGGCUUCCGCAAGAACUUCAAGGGUCAGCUGGAAGAUGAGAGCGCCAACAAGCUGCUUAUCUGCCAGUCGGACGGUGGGUUGACGAGCUGGUCCAAGUUUACGGGGUUGCGGGGUGUGCUCAGUGGACCUGCCGGAGGUGUUGUCGGUUUGUCGAGGACAUGCUAUGAUGAUGCUGAUGGUACACCGGUGCUUGGAUUCGACAUGGGUGGUACCAGCACAGACGUCGCCAGAUACUCUGGUGCACUAGAACACAUCUUCGAAAACACCCUGGCAGAAGUCACCAUUCAAACUCCGCAGCUGGACAUCAACACCGUCGCUGCCGGUGGUGGUUCCAUCCUCGCCUGGGAAAACGGUCUGCUCAAGGUCGGCCCCAGCAGUGCCGGUGCGAACCCUGGGCCUGCAUGCUACGGCAAGGGCGGUCCGUUGACUGUGACCGACGCCAACUUCCUGCUUGGACGGAUCAUCCCCGAUUUCUUCCCUCGCAAGCUGGAUCUCGAUACCGUCAAGGAGAAGUUCAGGGCCCUCGCCGAGAUUGUCAACAGAGAGAAGGAGAACGGUGGUGAGCCGUUUACACCCGAGACUUUGGCUCUCGGUUUCCUCGCCAUCGCCAACGCGACAAUGACCCGGCCCAUCCGCACACUGAGCGAGGGCCGUGGCUACGGAGCAGCCAGCCACAACCUGGGCUGUUUCGGUGGUGCCGGUGGGCAGCACGCCGUCUUCGUCGCUCGUGAUCUCGGUAUCAAGCGCGCGAUUAUCCCCUGCUAUUCCAGUAUUCUCUCUGCCUACGGAAUGGCCCUGGCGGACGUCGUCGUCGAGAACCAGGAACCUGCUGCCAUUACCUUUUCCGAGUCCGUCGUCCCCGAGAUCACGGCCCGUCUCGACUCGCUCUCCGCCCGCGGCGCCAAGGGUCUCGAGGCCCAGGGCUUCGACGCCAGCCUGACCGAGCACGAGUGCUUCCUCAACAUGCGCUACCAGGGCAGCGACACCUCUCUGAUGAUCGCACUCCCAGAAAAGAACGUCCACGAUGCCGGCAACGCCUUUGAGGCGCGCCACACGCAGGAAUUCGGCUUCUCGCAGUCCGCGCGCAACAUCCUCAUCGACGACGUCCGCGUCCGCAGCGUCGGCAAGUCGCGUGUCCUCAACAUCUCCAGCCCCUUCGAGGAGCUCAAGAAAUACAGCAACAGUGCAGAAGCACUAACACCCACCCCAACACCCCUCUUCGCGCGAAAGAUCUUCUUCGAGAAGCACGGGUGGACCGAGACACCUGUUUACGAACUCAAGUCCAUCCGCGCCGGGGUGCACAUUCCCGGUCCUGCCAUGAUCAUCGACAAGACGCAGACCAUCGUCGUCGACCAUCUCAGCAAAGCAAUCAUCCUCCCCGAACACGUCAUCCUCGAAGUCGACCGUGCCGACCGGCAGAGUGUCACCACUGACACCGUCGACCCCGUGCAGCUCAGUGUCUUUGGCCAUCGCUUCAUGACCGUCGCCGAGCAAAUGGGCCACACCAUGGAGAAGACGUCCAUCUCUGUGAACAUCAAAGAGCGCCUCGACUACUCCUGCGCAAUCUUCUCCGCGGACGGCGGCCUCGUCGCCAACGCACCGCACAUCCCCAGCCAUCUGGGCUCCAUGAGCUCGGCAAUCGCGUACCAGGCGCAGCGGUACAAGAACUCCGGUGAACCGCUCAAGCCCGGCGACGUGAUCAUCAGCAACCACCCCCGUGCCGGAGGGACUCAUCUCCCGGAUAUCACGACCAUAACGCCCGUCUUUGACGACGAGGAGAAUCCGCAGGAGAUCAUCUUCUUCGUUGCGAACCGCGGACACCACGCUGAUAUCGGUGGGAUUGUUCCGGGUUCUAUGCCACCCAACUCGACGGAGCUCUGGCAGGAGGGUGCGGCGAUUGAAUCGUUCAAGAUGAUCAAGGAGGGUGUCUUUGACGAAGCCGGUCUCAUCAAGCAUCUCUACGACGAACCUGCCUCGUUCCCUGGUUGCAGCGGCACACGCACACUGAGCGAGAACAUCGCCGACCUCAAGGCUGCGGUUGCCUCGAACCAAAAGGGCAUCGAGCUGAUCCGCGCGCUAAUCAAAGAGUUCACCUGGCCCGUCGUGCAGCUAUACAUGCACGCAAUUCAGGAUAAUGCUGCCCAGGCUGUGCGCGAUCUGCUCAAGCAGUUUGCGGCCAAGUAUGAGGGCGGGAUCCUUGAGGCGACCGAGUACAACGAUGAUGGGAUUCCGUUCAAGCUGAAGGUUACGAUUGAUCAGGAGACUGGGGAUGCGGUCUUUGAUUUCACGGGGACGGGGCCCGAACAUUCGGGCAAUUUGAAUGCGCCGCCGACGUGCUCGUACUCUGUUAUUAUGUACUGCCUGCGCUGCAUGAUCUCCACCGACAUCCCACUGAACCAAGGCUGCCUCAAGCCCAUCAAGGUAAUCUGCCCGGACAACACGAUCCUCUCCCCCUCCCCAACAGCAGCAACAGUCGGCUGCACAACCGAAACCUCACAAAAAGUCGCCGACCUCGUCCUCCGCGCCUUCAACGCCGCCGCCGCCUCGCAAGGAACAAUGAACAACCUGUCCUUUGGCUGCGGCGGGACGGAUCCCGUUACCGGGGAAGUCACCAAGGGAUUCGGAUACUACGAGACGAUCUGCGGCGGCGCUGGGGCAGGACUUGGCUGGAACGGCGCGAGCGCCGUCCACACACACAUGACGAACACGCGCAUCACAGACCCGGAGAUCUUCGAAAAGCGGUACCCGGUGCUCCUCCACGAAUUCUCCAUCCGACGGGGAAGCGGCGGCGAUGGGAAAUGGCGUGGCGGCGAUGGGUGUAUCCGCGACAUCGAGUUCCGCAUGCCAUUGCAGGUCUCUGUCCUCACGGACAGACGUGUGACGGCGCCGUAUGGGCUCGAGGGUGGAAGUGAGGGGGAGCGCGGUCAGAAUAUCUGGGUUCGCAAGGAUCCCGUUACGGGUGCUACCAGGCAGGUUUCGCUGGGGCCGAGGAAGACGUCGAUGUUUGGGGUUGGGGACCGGGUUAUCAUCCUUACACCGGGUGGUGGUGGGUAUGGCGCACCUGAAAACGGUGUCAAGGGAGCUGGAGCUGAAGUGAGCUCAGCGAAGGGGCUGGAGAUCAAGGAGCGCGACUCGAGGUCGUUGUUGACGAAUGGGUCGCUGGGUGUGCGGCAGGCGGUUGCCACUGGGAAUUAG